AUCCAUUUUAAUAGACAUAAGGUCUAUAAUGAUAGACAGGAUGUACUGAUGCAGUGGUGUACCGUAGAACAUAUCGCAAGGAUUCAGUGGGAAUAAUGCAACGAUAAUAUGAAGCAUAAAUUUACCGUUGAACAAUGGCCAGGGGGAUACACAUUUACAUCAGUGAGCAGUAUAGCAGCUUACGUAGAUAUAGUUAAAACAUUACGACCCUUUCGAUGGCUUCUGUUGAUAUACUCCAUUCGGUUAGCAUUUAAUGCAAAGAUAGUGAAGUCAAUAUGUUUCAUCACAUUAUAUUGGUUCAUUGAGUGGAAUAUGCGUAAUUUCGUCGUUGCAGAGCAACUUAUUAUGAUACAAGGAUACGGUAUACAAAUGGAGUCUGUAAGACUCACAGGAAAUAAAACUGUAAAGACAAUAUCAAUAGCGGAUAUCGAUCACCUAUUGAUCAACGAGGGAAUUGUAAUGAAUCGGGUGUUAUUCUACCUACUAGUUACACUGAAAAACUCGAACGACGUCAUUAUGCCAUUUGAGUCGUUAAUACCAAGGCUGGACAAUCUGAAAGUAGUCUACCAAACGUAUAAUAAAGUGUUUGAAUCAUCGAAAACGCCAGUUGUGGAUAAGACAUAAUAUGGUUACUUCUAUAAACAUCGCAACAUAAAAUUCAAUAUU